AUGUCGCGCGUCCUCUGGCGGGUCUUGCUUCCCUUGAGUCUCAUUGUGGCGAUUGCUGUGGUGCACUCCUCCCGGGCCCUGUUUGCAGCUCCUGCUCCGCCUUCCAGUGCUCUGGACGCCCUCGACGCGCUCCGUGCGCGGGCGCCGCUGGCGGCGCCCCUGGUCGCGCCGAAUGCGCCGGGGCCGCCCUUGUCGACCGAGCGCGUGGGGUUCUACCUGCGCGUGGGCGAGCAAGCUGGGGUGGCGAUCCAACAAGUGAAGGAAGUGAGGAAGGUUUAUCCGAAAGCGCGGAUCUUUGUGCUGAGCGAUGGUGGGGUGGAUUUGAGUGGCUUUUGCAAGAAGCUGAAGUGCAGUUUCGUUCUGUGUCCUCCGGCCAAUGACGCUUGGCAUCCCUGGCCCUUCUUCCGGCGCCUCUACGACGCGGCGCUGGCGCUCAACACGGAGUACCUGUACAUCCCGUAUGUCAGUAUGCCACCUCCUGGUCGCACACUAACUCUUCCCCUCUGA